UGGCGGUCACGUGGCGUCUCCUCGUUCCCAGUGGAGACAACAUGGCGGAUACAGCGAGCUGUACUUUCGACAUUUGAAUUACGCGAUUUGCCGCUAUUGCAUUCCUGAUUAUGGCGUCUCCGGUUUCGUGUGGCUCGCGUCAUAGCCCCGAUGAGCUCCCUGGAGACCCGUCUUCACAAGAAGAUGAGGAUUGCGAUUAUGAAGAUCCGGUCAGCUACUCGGGUUCAUACUCCUCAGAGAGUAGCGAUUAUGAUGAUGUUGAACCUGAAUGGCUGGACAGUGUGCAGAAAAAUGGAGAAUUAUUUUAUUUGGAAUUGAGUGAGGGUGAAGAAGAAAGCCUCCUUCCUGAGACUCCUACUGUGAACCAUGUCAGAUUCAGUGAAAAUGAGAUUAUAAUUGAAGAGGAUGAUUACAAAGAAGGAAAAAAGUAUGAACCUAAACUCAAGCGGUUUACCAAAAUUUUAAAAAGUAAAAGUCUUUUACCCAAGCGCCACAGUAAAAAAAGUAGUAAUGGCAAUGAGCCAGUGUCCAUUCUAAAGCAUCAGUCUAACCAGAAAACAGGAGUUGUUGUCCAACAGCGGUACAAGGAUGUGAAUAUUUAUGUAAACCCCAAAAAGUUAACUGUGACCAAAGCCAAAGAGCAACUUAAGCUUCUGGAAGUCCUGGUUGGGAUUAUCCAUCAGACCAAGUGGAGCUGGAAAAAAAGUGGAAAACAGAGCAGUGGAGAAAGGCUUGUGGUCCAUGGCCUGCUGCCAGGAGGCUCUGCUAUGAAGAGUGGUCAGAUAUUAAUUGGUGAUGUCCUUGUUGCUGUGAAUGAUGUUGAUGUGACUUCUGAGAACAUAGAGAGAGUUCUGUCUUGUAUUCCUGGACCUAUGCAGGUAAAACUGACCUUUGAAAAUGCAUAUGCUGUGAAGAAGGAAACAACUCAACCAAGACAGAAAAAGGCACAGUCGAACACAAACGAUUUAGUCAAACUUCUGUGGGGAGAGGAGGUUGAAGGUAUCCAGCAAAAUAUCCUAAACACUCCUCACAUCGUUAUGUAUCUCACACUGCAGCUUGACUCAGAAACAUCAAAAGAGGAGCAAGAAAUUCUUUAUCAUUGUCCAAUAUCUGAUGCAUCUCAGAAACUUAAAAGUGUGAGAGGAAUAUUUCUCACACUCUGUGACAUGUUGGAAAAUGUAACUGGGACACAAGUUACUAGCUCAUCCCUUCUUUUAAAUGGGAAACAAAUCCAUGUGGCUUAUUGGAAAGAAUCUGACAAGUUGUUGUUAAUUGGCCUGCCUGCUGAAAAAGUUCCUCUUCCUCAGCUGAGGAAUAUGAUAGAAGAUGUUGUCCAAACCUUAAAAUUUAUGUAUGGUUCUUUAGAUAGUGCCUUUUGCCAGGUUGAGAAUGUUCCUCGCUUGGAUCAUUUUUUCAACUUGUUCUUUCAAAGAGCACUUCACCCUGCUAAACUACAUUCUGGUACCAGUCUGAGUGCACAACAAUAUGAUGCUUCCAGCGCAGUGCUUUUAGACGGCCUCCCUGGAGUUCGAUGGCUCACACUUCCACGGGAAAUCAAGAUGGAACUAGACACAGCAUUGAAUGACUUGGAGGCUGCAGAUUUUGCAGAACUGUCUGAGGAUUACUAUGACAUGAGGCGGCUGUAUACAAUUUUAGGGUCUUCUCUAUUUUACAAGGGUUAUUUGAUAUGCAGUCAUUUGCCUAAAGAUGAUCUUAUUGAUAUUGCUGUAUACUGUCGCCACUACUGCCUACUGCCUUUAGCAGCAAAACAAAGAAUUGGUCAGUUGGUUAUAUGGAGAGAGGUGUUUCCUCGACAUCACCUCCAACCUUCUACAGACUCAAACACUGAAGUCUUUCAGGAACCUGAAGGGAGAUAUUUUUUGCUAAUAGUUGGCUUGAAGCACUAUAUGUUAUGUGUGCUAUUAGAAUCUGGAGGCUGCUCAUCCAAAGCUAUUGGGAAUCCUGGACCCGACUGUAUUUAUGUGGAUCAGGUCAAAACAACCCUUCACCAACUGGGAGGAAUAGAUUGUCGCAUCAGUGAACAGCUAACAGCUUCUCCCAGCCCCUGUUUGUCUUGUGCUGACUGGUUCCUUACUGGAUCACAUGAAAAAUUAGAUAGUUUGACGACCUCACCUAUCCUCAGUAGGCUACCAGGUACUUCCAAGGUAGCAACCUCUCCAACAUGCAGAAGAAUUCUUUUUGGUGACUAUUCCUUAAAAGCACGUAAGCCCAGCCCUUCUCGAAGCAGUGGAGGAUCUGACAAUGGCUGUGAAGGUGGAGAAGGCAUUGGCCUGAGCCCCCAUACUACACCAGAUGCCAUAUGGAAGCAAAGAGAAUCUCGGGGCUCUGAUGGUUCGGAGGAAAGUGGGGCCUUGCUUAAGGUCACUAAAAAGAAGGUUAGUCUUCCAAAUCCAUUUCAUUUGGGGAACUUGAAAAAGAACCUUUCAGAAAAAGACCUGGAAAUAUAUAACACAAUGAAAUUAACAUCUGGUCCUGAGAACACACUUUUCCACUAUGUUGCCUUAGAAACUGUGCAAGGGAUCUUUAUUACUCCGACCCAUGAAGAGGUGGCACAGCUAAGUGGUUCUAUCCACCCUCAACUAAUAAAGAAUUUCCAUCAGUGUUGUCUCUCCAUUCGUGCAAUUUUCCAAAAGACAUUGGUAGAAGAGAAAAAGAAGGCACUAAAUCGUGGAGAUCAUUCAAGUUCUACAAAUUCUGUAUCUUCUCUUAACCCUGUGAAAGAACAUGGUGUGUUGUUUGAGUGCUCACCUGAAAAGUGGACGGAUCAGAGAAAAGCACCACCAGUUAUGGCCUACUGGGUAGUAGGGACUUAAGCUUUAGAAGGGGAAUUAUGCCAACACAUCUAAAGUUAGUCUCUACUGCCUCCUCAGACACCUGGAACAUGAGCCCUCGGGGUUAGAACUAACUGUAAAAUGCAGUGAUUGCACCCUUUGAAGCAUUUGGUCUUCGAAGAAACACUGUUACCUCUGUAUAAUCAUCUUAAGAGAUUUUCACCCAGGUAUUUAAAAUGCAAACCACUGUAUUUGUCCUGUUAGUGAUUUGUGGGCCUUAACUCUAGCAUUUAAAUCAGAGAAACAAACUUCGGUUCUUGAAAUGUACAAAACAGCUUGAAAUAUCCUCAGUUUAAGAUCACAAUAUUGGUCAGAAUGGUAGAUAGACUCUCAACACUGCCUUAGCUCUGCUUGCUACAUAUAUGGGCAAUAAGGCACUUUGUUUAAAAGUAUUUAUUAAAUGUCUUAAAUUUCUUAACAUGUCCCCCGAAACACCAUUAGCUAUUUUCAGUACGAAGAUUUAUUAAUAAAUGUAACUGUUAGUUACCUCAGAUUUUCAAACAGACUGAACGAAAACUGGGGUUUUUAUUACAAGGGACUUUUUUUGUUUCAAUUAAUGAAAUUUUGGUCUUUUGAACCACUUUCCUGGUGUCAAAACAUCUUGAGACCACCACUCAAUAACAAAAAUAAAAAGACAAAAUAGACUACUUGUCUUAAUAAUAGAAAAUCAUUUGCUAUACCGUAGAUACAUACUUUAAUGUCCAUGUUGCAGAGAUGUUGCAUUUUUUUGAGACAUUGAAUUUUUAAGAAAUAAAACCAAACAUUGUGGUUAUCUCUAAAUGGAUAUUGAAGUAAGCAUUGUAGCUAAACCUAGCUGCCCAUUUUUCCAAAUAUGUUCAGAUUCACCUCUGAAAGAUCAAUUUAAUUUUUAGCCAAUGAGUGCCUAUCUGCCACUUUAUUAAAUAAAAGGGGACAACAUGACAGUGUAAAUACCCCAGAGGUGUGCUUUAGCUGAUAUAGAAAUAUUCUUAAGUUGAAUUUUAUUAGCAUUCUGUAAAUGUUCCCUUUUACCAGACUAUAAAUGCAAAAGAUUAUAGAACUAUCAUUUUUUGAAAUAUCAAAUACUGUUUUAUCACCAUCAUACAUCUUUUAGCUGCCCCCCCCAAAAUUACAUUUUAGAUUCUGCACCUUCCACCCUUCCCCCCUCCCUCUCCUUUCUUUAGUGUUCUUUAGUUUGUUUCUUUUUGUCAGGUUAGAGAACUGUACUUAGCAAGGGAGAGUUUCUUAUUUGUGCCAAGGAACUGUUGAUGGUGAUGCAUACUGGCAAGAUAGUAAAUUUGCAGUGCCUGAUUUUUAUAUUUCUGACACAAAUGAGAAAAGUCAUAAAACCAAUUUACUAGGUUUGUCUGCUUUGAACAUUCUUCACAAUAAUAUUGUGAAUAAUUAUUUGUUUUCUGUAUAAGUUCCCUCUAAAUUGUGCACAUAUCAUGUGCUAUGAAAGUGUUAUUUACUCCUACUACCACCUACUACUACCAUUUAUUAUUAUUAUAUAUCCAUUGGUUAAAAACCAAGGUAUCAGCUAAAUCAUACUUGCUACUGUACAAAAUGUUGGAAAGAAGCUGAGAAAAAUAUUCAACACUAAACACUUUUGAGAACAAGGAUGUAUACUUUGGAUAUUUUAAAAUACAUUAUUAAAUGUUACUAAAACUUUAUACACUAAACUAUGUGAAAAUAAUUUAAUUUUAUAGAGUUGUAUUUCUAUAUUCUAUAUAAUUGAAGCUAUUUUUAUAUUGAUAGUCUUUAAUAAAGAUGGUUUGGAGGUUUA